AUGGAAGCUUCAGUAUCAACAGCCAACACGCCUAGCCUGCCAGAAAGCGUCCUAAACCACAUCCCCGACACCACCAUCAGCAAGACCGCCCUCUCAAUAGCUUACACCAACCUCCCCCUCCCAAUCUUCCACCACAGUCUCCGCGUCUUCUUCCUCGCCAAACACCUCAUCACCGUCGAAAACACACCCACUUCCCACUACCUCCGACAUCCAGACCUAGAUCUCCUCUUCAUCGCCUGCAUCUUCCACGACAUGGGCGCCUGCGAUCUCCACAACGGCCCCCAACGCUUCGAAGUCGAAGGCGCAGAUGCCGCUUCCCUUCACCUGCACUCCCAUGGUAUCUCCUCGGAAACAUGCCAUCAAGUGUGGACGGCGAUUGCCUUACACACUUCCCCUGGUAUCGCGGAGCGUAUUUCUCUUCUGGCUAGAAUAGUGCGACAGGCUGUAUUGAUGGAUUUCGGAGCUCCGUUGAGAGAUGUAUUUGGAGCUGAUGGUUAUUGUGCUGAGAUUGAGGUGGCGUUGCCGAGAUUGGAUGUUGAACAGUGUUUGGGGGAUGUGGUUGUUGGGCAGGCGGUCAAGGUGCCGGGGAAGGCUCCUGCGGUUAGUUGGCCGAAUGCUUUGUUGAAGGCUCAUUUGAGGGAUCCGCAGUGGGAGGGUGUUAAUCCGGAGUUCUUUGGUGAGGAGAAGCCGGGAAGGGGUCUGUGA